GUGCACCACGUUCAAACUUCGAUACAAGAUAUUCAUACUCCUCUGUAAAGCAAGGGAGAUGCGUGUUGCACUUCAACAGUUUAUCACCCUUCUUGUAUUAUCAAAACGACGAAUCAGAACAUCCACCGUUCCGCGCUGCAGUAGUAUCGCUUUGGGGAAAAUUUCAUUCUUUGAAACAACCAUGUCACUUCAUGCUUCGUCUAGUUCGAAAUGUGUACCUUGCUCUGGUCUCGACGAGUCAGCAAAAUUAUCGGCGGAAGAAGCCCAGGUAGAACUUUCAUCCCUACCACAUCCAUCUUCGUUGUGGUCGUUGAAGGAAUCACAAGAAGGAAUUCUGUCGUUGUCGAGAAAGUUCACGGCAAGAAACUUUAAGGUAGCACUAGAUGCAAUCAACGAAAUCGGCGCCAUAGCAGAAAAGGAAAACCAUCAUCCAGAUCUUCACUUGACGAAUUACAGGGAUGUUGAGGUUGUAAUAUACACACACAAGGUAAAUGGAUUGACGCAGAAUGAUUUUGUUCUAGCUGCCAAGAUUAACAGGAAAGUAACCAUUGACUAUAGCCCAAAGUGGUUACGAGAAAACCCUGAUGCGGUUUCAACGUCAAGAAAGAAGGAAGAAAGCGAAUAAAGCGGUCUAUCCUGCUGGGGUGCGAAUCUGAUAAAAGCUUUUCCAUGCAACCAUCAUCGGUUUCACCAAAAUACCAGAUGAGGAGCUAGCUUAACUCUUGGAUCUCUUUCUUUAUAUCUUCGAGAACUUUUUCAAGAUUUUUCACUUCAUCUGGCAUCAGCUCAAUAUCUGCCCGGGCCUUUUCAAUCUUCUUCAACACACCACUUACGAGAAACUUUGAUUUCAUAAGCUCCUCUUUACUACCGCGUUGAUAAUCUACAAUUUGUGAUACGACCUGACAAAUCUUGUUCACUUGAAAGUCGUCCCUUUCCCACGCACGAACAGUGGAGAGAGCUCGAUACUCCUUCAUUAAAUUUUCAAAGACGUGUUUGUCUUGUCCCACCUGCUGAUGAAAAAAUGCCAUAGUUUCAAAUAUCCAGGGUUUGUUCACAGAUGCUCGGAUGCGCUCUAGGACUCCAUGUACACGAGUCAACCGUCGUCGCUCCAUAUCUAUCAGGGCUUCAUCUCCAUCACUGCGUGCCUCGUUAUAGGUGCAAAUCGUUCCACCAACGAUGGCCCGAAUGCACUUCUCCGGUAUAUCCGGGACACCCUCCGCAGAAUGCGUCGCCUUAAGAUCCAAUAGCAUAUUGC